GACAGUCACUAGCUAAGAAGAGUUUGUGUUUAUCGGAUCUUCUUGGUCUUUUGAGGACUUCUUUACCUAGUGUUGGUAGAACAGAUUGCUGGUUUGAUGAUGCAGGGACUACUGGUCUGGAACUGUGGUCUAGUGUAGCAGCAGCCCUCUGUAUGUGUGUCAACAAUCCACAAAAUGAAGAGAACCAGAGAGUGUGUGGAUUUGUACUGCCAUACGUUUUUACAGUAAUACAGCAACAAGAUUCAGAUGUCAUAAGACCAUUGCUCUCAUUCAUCAGGUUUACAGUGGCAAACAAUGACACAAACCAGGAACAAGUAAAAAGAUGUGGAGGACUCAAUGUGUUGUCAGAUAAGCUCAACCAGUGUAUAGGGAAACCUAUUGACAGAUUGUCGAUUCAAGUUAUCAAUACUAUUGAUUCUUGUAUUACAGACAAUGUGGAGAAUGCAGAAGAAAUUGGGAGAUUAGAGACAGUAAAAACAAUGGUCAAAUUACUGGAUACAGACAAAAUAACUCAAGAGGAAAAGUUACAAAUUGUUGUAACACUUGUCCAUGCUGUGGAAAUGUCAGAUGAAAACAAAAUUCAUAUCUUAGAAGACUCGGGACUGUUUGCUUUGAUGAAGAGCCUGAAUGAUAUAGAAUCUGGGGAUGAAGAACUCUUUAAAGCUAUCAAGUAUCUUCUACAAUUGUGUACAAAAAAAACUGAAGAAGAACCACAGAAUGAAACAGCAGAAAUGUUGGAUAUCUUGAAGAAAACAGAAGCCAUGCAUAAGAACAGUGGCCUACUGCUCCUCCAUAAAAUCAAUGAAUUGUCUGAUCGACUCCAAUCAUUUGAAGAAGAAAGUGCUCGAGAGUUUCAGCAGGUGACAUCUCCGGUGUCAUGUUCUUCAGAAUACCAUGUAAAUGAUUUGAAUAAUAACUCAAGAUAUAUGCAUCAAAAUUUAGAGAGCAAGAGAGUAUUGCAGUUUCCUAAUUCUGUAGAGACCCCAAAUAAAUAUGGUCUGUCUGUGAAUUAUAUUUCAAGAGCAUCCACACCUGUGAGUGAAUUUAGAAGAAAAAAGAUUUGGCACAUGUCUGAAAAUAAAGAUAUUCAGGGAAAUCACCAAAAUGGCUUUGUUCAGAGAACACCGUCUAAGCUGUGUUUGAUGCAAGAUGUGGGAAAUGAAAUCAUUCCACCAAAUAUGUUUCAGAAUUUGCAUGUUAAUCCACACUAUUGUCGUCAGGAUGUUGUCGAAAAUUUUACACCAAGAAAAGUUUUUCAUGUCGGAAAUGGUGUCAUGGAAGACUACAAUAAAAUGAGGAAUUUUGUUCAGAGUCCAAAUAAUGCUCAAAGUCUUUUUCAAUCUACACCUAAUUCCAAAGCAGUAUAUCUAAAUAAUAUGGGAAGUCUGCUAAACCAUUAUCCUACUGAUUAUGCAGGCAAUUUAAGACAGAAUCAUAAUGUUAAUGACAAUCAAAUAUCCCGAAAUGGAAACGAAAAUAUUAAAAAUGCUUACUAUAACGAAGUUGAGUUGUCACGAUUGAAGCCAACUAUUGAAUCUGAUUUAAAUUUAGAACAAAGAGAGUAUCCACAAUACCUUAAUGAUUCAGUUCAUUACCAUUCUGAUGUGAUAGCCCAAGGUUUGGAUAACAAUUUUGACGUGAGAGGUCAUGAUGACAGUUUUGUUGCCCGAGUCCUUGAUAACAGUUCAGUAGCCAGGGUACCAGAUGAAAGUUUGUUAGACAGGGUACCAGAUAAAUGUUUUUCAGGCAGAGAACAAGUUAAUAGAGUCAUAUUGAAAGAUUCAAAUAACAAUUUUUCGAUUUCUGGUAGUUUUGAAGGAAGACAAAGGAAAUGUCUUUUGGAGAAGAAAGGAGACCCUCAUGUUCGUUCUUUUGGUGGAAGUCAUGGCUAUCAACAAAUGAAUGAGAAAGGAGAUGAUACUUACCCCAUAGAAGCUAAUUGUGCUGUGAAAAAUUUGAAGGAAGUUUUUGAUUAUGAUCAUAAGAGUGGUGUAAUUUCUCAGUUCAGUUGCCAUGACAACACUGCUAUAGAUAAAUCAACGAAGCAAUAUUUUGAAAAGUCACAAGUCACAUAUCAGAAUCCUACAAAUGAGGAUUGUGGUAAAUGGGAGGAGAUACAUGGUAAAGCACAAAGAACAGAAAGUGACCUUGAACUCCACUCAGCCAAGAUAGACGAGGCUCUAUAUCUGGUGGAAUCAGAUCAACAUAUCCAAUCUAGUAAAAGAAAAAGUGAAAAUGAUUCAGAUAUCAAAAUUGAUACAAAUAACAAUUUGACAUACACAAUAGAUAAAAACAUUAACAAAAACUUUAAACAAAAGAAACAAGGAGCUAGUUUAGGUCAAAGUUCACAUGCAGAAAACAAAUCAAAUGAGGAAGAGUCUGUUUUUCUUCAAGGAAAGCAAGAGAAAAGUAGAUCAAUUACAAAACCAAAGAAAUAUGAAAUUAGGAUAAUAGAAUCAGAACCAAAAGAUAAACAAAAGGCAGUUGAAGUUGAAAAGUUGUUAGAUAGCAAAUCCAAUGGAAACCAUAUCCCAGAAAGUUGUCAUGAUGAUAAUUCUCAGGGUCAAGGACAUGAAGAUUCCCAAGAACACAACAGAAAUAAUACUUGUCAGGAAAAAGAACAAGGAAGCCAUUCGUCUAAGAGUAAGAAGCUUGACAAACUGUUAAAUAGAUUACCAUUACAGAAGAGUGAACCAAAUGGUACAACACCAAGGCAAAGUCAAAUUCAGUUUAAAAAUAUACCAUAUGGUACGACAUCCAGGCUUAGUCAAACUGGGUUUAAAAAGACUGAGAAAGUUGAUUCUUUGGCAUGCCCUAAUAAAAGUACAGUAAUAGAUGUAGCUAAUAAUGCAUCUAUGUUUGAAAAUGAUGUAAAACAGAAAAACAGUAAAAAUUUGGACGAUGACAAAUUCCUCAAACCAGUAGGUAGACCAUUGAGGCCCAAGACAAAAACAUCAGUCAGGAGAGCUGAACCAUUCUGGAAACGUUCGUUUAAUGGAUACGACUCAGAUUCAGAUUGUUUAAGUUCUGGGGAUGAAGGCUCUGUGUUUGAUAAAGAACUGGUUCAAACAGCAAAACAUUAUAUACAGCCAUGUGGUAGUAUGAACAGCUUUUUGCAAUUGACACCAAUUCAUAAAAGAAAUGCACCAGGAAGUCUGUCCACCAACAAUACAAGAGUGUUGAAUAUAAAACCACACAGAGAUCAGCAAUCUGUCUGUUCAUCCCCAGGAUCAUCAUACACAGAUAACAGUUUUUCUUCCUAUUCACCUACAAAUUCACCAGAGAGGAGUUGUCCAGGGUGUAUUGGUGUAAAACUGAACAGUCGGACAUUCAACAUUGUUUUAGAAACCAGUUCUUUUACUUGUCCAAGUCAUCGUGGUAUCAGACAGCUUGAGAGACAGUACAUCAAAAGUUUACCUCCUGACAUGUCCAGCAAAGUGAAGAGGAAACCAGUAUUACCAAUAGCAGGGAACCAGAAGAGAGGACUGGAAGUUUAUGACUUCAGUAGUGAUUCCAAUGAUGGAGAGCUUACCCCACCUGAGAGAAUGAGAGAUGAUCUUCCUAUUCCAAGUCAAAUAAAACAGGUAUUUCAUGGAAAGAGACGAAGAAGAGUUUCUUUCACUGAAGAGGAGACUCAAAAUUUAUUGAAUGGAGUUAAUAAUUUUGGGAAGAGUUGGGCAUUGAUUCUUCAAAAUUUUGAAUUUCAUGAAUCUAGAACACAGGUUGACCUAAAAGACAAAUACAGAGGAAUUGAGAAAAAAUCUGGUAAAAUAAGAUCUAUCCAAAUAACAGGGAGACGGAAACCCUUUUCAAGGUGUGAAGAUCAUAGAUUAUUACGUGGUGUGAAGCAGCAUGGAUAUAACUGGAAAACUAUUUUAGGAUCGUUAACUUUUUCCAAAGAGAGAACUAGUGAAGAUUUGAGAAACAGAUGGAGAGCACUUCACAGAAAACACAUGAAAUCGUAAAGAUGUCUUCAGCCUUAUGCAUUUUAUGUUCGCCAAUGUAAACUGUUGUAUAGAGAAUUUUGUCCUUGUGAGAAUAUGGUUGUAUUUUUAUAAGGAUGGUGUUUUAAACACCUCCGUUUUUGCUUUGGGGUUUCAUGCAUUGUCUUUUUGUAAAGACUUUAAAAUAACUUCAAAAAAAAUUUAAACUUUCAUAAAAAAUGUUGGAUUAGUUAAGAAAAACAUACUAAACCAUAGUUCAGCCACAAAGCAGAAACUAUUUUCAGACUAGAACAGAAACAAAAAAAUAUUGUAAUAAAUUUUAAUCUAUCAUUCAAGUCAGGGGUCCUGACAUUUCUUCACACGAUUUUGGUGAUUUUUUAGGACUAGAAAGCCGUGAUCUUUUAUUUCAAACUGUCAAGUUCAUACCGGAAGUCGCAACAUAAAACAAACCUGUAUCAACGGUUUUGCUGUAUGAACUGCAUUUAAUUUCGUACCUAGAAUUUCCAGUGCAUUGAUCAACAAAAUGUGAGAUUAUAAAAAAAAAUGCCAUUUUUAUCUACAUUUAGCAACCAUUAGAAAUGUGUAUGAUAAAAAAAUGAUAGUACUGAAAUUGUGACUGCUGUACAAACACAGGCAGGAUGAACUGUUGCAAAAGAAACUUCAAAAUUGAAAUUUUUUUAAUUUGGUAAAAAUUAAACUAGGUUAGUAUGUUCAUUUAAAAAAAAAUUUUUUAAUCAGUUAACAAGAUUGUGUACUUUGCAUCUGUGAUUGGUUGAUCAGUGUCACCUACAUUAUUUAUGAAUCCAUUCUUAGAGGUUAUGUUAAACCAUAUUGUGAUAUUGUUAUGCUAUUAUAGAUUAUCUUUAUUCUUCAAGAUUAAACUUUUGAAUUUGAAUUUUAAA